AUGUGUAUCGUCUUCACGUGCGGCGAGCACACGUUCCGCAAGGAAAUCGAGGGCUACGAGGGCGUCGUCUGCCGCUGCCACAACUGCGGCAACUACAGCGGCCACCCCAUCAAGACACAUCCCUGGUUCACCCUUUGCUUUGUUCCCGUCAUUCCAUUCUCGUUCCACGGCUACGAAGACAUCGCCUGCCACGUCUGCAACUACUCGGAGCCGCUCGACCAACGUCCGGACGUGCUGGCCAUGCGACACGGCGGCGGCGGCCAGGUACCAAUGCAGCCUCAAGGCGGCUACAAACCACCGCCGCAAGGACAGUACCAAGGCCAACAGCAAGGACCACCGCAGCCGCAGCCGCAGCAACAGCCGGGGCAGAACGGCGCCAUGCGGUACGGCUAG